GAAACCCGAGAGGCUCCGGGGGGGGUUUGAACUGGCCAAUGGGCGAGCUGCCGACCGGUUGUCGGAAAAGGAGGCGGAAGCGGGGAGGAGCCGCCGCGGGAGCCGGACUGCAUCCGCCGCGGCGUCUCCAUGGCACGACCCUGGCCUCCGACUUCAACGACUUCAUAAGGAGACGGUUCUGGGCGCAGCCGUGCCGCUCUUGGUUUCCAUCGUGUGGGAAGAACGGAGUAACGAGUCUCACACAGAAAAAAGUCUUGAGAACACCUUGUGGCGCACCCAGUGUAACUGUGACGAAGUGAACCAUGAAGGACCGAUCUUCAACUCCCCCCUUACAUGUUCAUGUGGAUGAGAACACUCCUGUCCACGUCCACAUAAAAAAACUCCCGAAACCAUCAGCAGCCAGCAGCCAGAAAUCUCAUAAGCGCGGAAUGAAAGGGGACACCGUGAAUGUACGGCGGAGUGUCCGGGUGAAAACCAAGAAUCCACCUCAUUGCCUGGAGAUCACACCACCAUCUUCAGAAAAGCUGGUCUCGGUGAUGCGAUUAAGUGACCUUUCUACAGAAGACGACGAUUCAGGUCACUGUAAAAUGAACCGUUACGAUAAGAAGAUUGACAGUCUAAUGAACGCGGUCGGUUGUCUCAAAUCUGAGGUCAAGAUGCAGAAAGGUGAACGCCAAAUGGCCAAAAGGUUCCUGGAGGAGAGGAAGGAAGAACUGGAGGAGGUAGCACACGAGCUUGCAGAGACGGAGCAUGAGAACACGGUGCUCAGACACAACAUCGAGCGCAUCAAGGAGGAGAAGGACUUCACCAUGCUUCAAAAGAAACACCUCCAGCAGGAGAAGGAAUGCCUCAUGUCCAAACUGGUGGAGGCUGAAAUGGACGGAGCAGCUGCAGCCAAGCAAGUCAUGGCCUUGAAGGAUACCAUCGGGAAGCUGAAAACCGAGAAACAGAUGACUUGCACCGACAUCAACACCUUAACGAGGCAGAAGGAACUUCUCCUGCAGAAGCUGAGUACCUUUGAGGAGACCAACCGUACCCUCCGAGAUCUGUUGAGGGAGCAGCACUGCAAAGAGGAUUCCGAGAGACUAAUGGAGCAACAAGGUGCAUUACUGAAGCGUCUGGCAGAGGCGGACUCAGAGAAAGCGCGCCUGCUGUUACUACUGCAAGACAAGGACAAGGAGGUGGAAGAGCUCCUCCAGGAGAUACAAUGUGAGAAGGCUCAAGCAAAGACAGCGUCUGAGCUUUCCAAGUCCAUGGAGUCCAUGCGGGGGCAUUUGCAGGCACAGCUUCGCUGCAAAGAGGCUGAGAACAGUCGCCUGUGCAUGCAGAUCAAGAAUUUAGAGCGCAGUGGGAACCAGCACAAGGCGGAAGUAGAGGCCAUCAUGGAGCAGCUAAAGGAACUGAAGCAGAAGGGAGACCGAGACAAAGAGACCCUGAAGAAGGCCAUCCGAGCCCAGAAGGAGCGAGCCGAGAAGAGUGAGGAGUAUGCCGAGCAGCUACAUGUGCAACUAGCCGACAAGGACCUUUAUGUUGCUGAAGCUUUAUCUACUCUGGAGUCAUGGCGGAGCCGCUACAACCAGGUCGUGAAGGACAAGGGAGACCUUGAGUUGGAGAUUAUCGUCCUAAAUGACCGGGUGACAGAUCUUGUAAACCAACAACAAAGCUUGGAGGAGAAGAUGCGGGAAGACCGGGACAGCUUGGUAGAGAGACUGCACCGGCAGACUGCUGAGUAUUCUGCAUUCAAGCUUGAGAACGAGAGGCUCAAGGCUAGCUUUGCCCCUAUGGAGGACAAGCUCAACCAGGCUCACUUGGAGGUCCAGCAGCUGAAGGCGUCAGUGAAGAACUACGAGGGGAUGAUCGACAACUACAAGAGCCAGGUGAUGAAGACAAGAUUGGAGGCUGAUGAAGUGGCUGCGCAGCUAGAGCGCUGCGACAAGGAGAACAAGAUGCUUAAAGACGAGAUGAACAAAGAGAUCGAGGCGGCCCGUCGGCAGUUCCAGUCACAGCUGGCUGACCUACAACAGCUGCCUGACAUCCUCAAGAUCACGGAGGCCAAGCUGGCUGAGUGCCAAGACCAGCUGCAGGGCUACGAGAGGAAGAACAUCGACCUCACAGCCAUCAUUUCAGACCUGCGCAGCCGGAUCGAACACCAGGGGGACAAGCUGGAGAUGGCGAGAGAGAAACAUCAGGCUUCUCAGAAGGAAAAUAAACAACUGAGUCAGAAGGUGGAUGAACUGGAGAGGAAACUGGAGGCCACCAGCGCCCAGAAUGUCGAGUUCCUACAGGUGAUUGCCAAGAGGGAGGAGGCAAUCCACCAGGCUCAGCUGCGGCUGGAGGAGAAAACGAGGGAGUGUGGGGCCUUGGCAAGGCAGUUGGAGAGUGCCAUCGAAGAUGCCAGGCGACAGGUGGAGCAAACCAAGGAACAGGCGCUCUCUAAGGAACGAGCAGCCCAGAGCAAAAUCCUGGACCUUGAGACUCAGCUAAGCAGGACUAAGACAGAACUCGGCCAGCUGAGGCGGACUCGUGAUGACGCGGAUCGUAGAUACCAAAGCCGGCUGCAGGAUCUGAAAGAUCGCCUGGAGCAGUCUGAGAGCACCAACCGCAGCAUGCAGAAUUAUGUCCAGUUCCUCAAGUCCUCUUAUGCAAAUGUGUUUGGGGAUGGUCCCUAUACCUCUUCCUACCUGACGAGCUCACCCAUCCGCUCCCGGUCUCCCCCUACCUGAGGCUACCUGUCUAGGGUGUGAUGCCCCUUGCCUGAUGCCAGACAACUAUGGGAGUUACCAAACCAUAGCUGGCAAGCCCACUGGUUUUCAAAUGUGCUCAGGGUCUAUUCCUCAACUAAUGCCAGGAAAGGCCCUAGAGCAGCCAGGGAUUAAUAAGGAAAAAUCUGGUUCUCUUUCCUGAUCUGGGAACCUGGUGAAAUUACCAGCCUUCUAUUUGCCACAUUAGGUACCAGAUUUUUAAAUCCCUGUGACUAUUCAGUCUGCUUCCUUUCCUCAGGGAAUCCUUGGAUGGACUGUUCCUGCAGACUCCUUCCAGCCCUCCUCUUUCGAGGCAUCCAUCUUGGGUUUCUUUGAGUUGCAGGAGUCCUUCUCCAACUGAAUGCCUACAUUGCUUUUUCUUUCCUUUUUAUUUAUUUUUUAUUUUAUUUUUAAAUAAAAAUAGAAUUUUAUUUGUAUUGAGAAAUAGUGAAAACAGGUAAAUUGAUAACAGAGUGAGUCUGUGCUUUUAUCAGCAUAAAAAUAUAAUGGAGGGCUCAUGGAGGUAAAAUGUUCACAGCUACCUUGCUCCUAUAGAAUCUGUAGCUACAAAUGUCACAAAAAUGUUCUUUGAGUUCCUUGUUACAUAUCAACUGGCAUAAGUUAUAGCAGGUGUAUUCACAAUGAAUUGUUAAAACACAGAUCUAACAGUGGCAAGUGUGCUUGUAACAAUGUGUUUUGGUUUCACAGUUCUGGUAACUAACAGCCUCUUAUUGCAAGAAAAAUACACAACAGUGCCAUGCUCGCAUGGGGCCAUGGUGGCCUUCUGUAGUGAUUCAGCUUUAGUGGAUGUCCUGCUGAAGGGAAGUCUGCUUUUCUCUUGGUGGAUAGGGCAGGAUGCGGUAUUUUCCUUGGUGCCAGUGGAAACCUCCCAUGUCUGCGUUUCCUGCAGGCCACUGGUCCUCAAGCGCUUCACAGACACGGCCUGACAAUCUGGCCUGACAAUCAGAAUUUAUCUCAUUGCUUUUCAUUUCUCUUUGUAACUCAGAUUCAUUUAUUUUUGAAAAUUGUGUGUGGUUUUACAGGAAAUAAAGUUUUUAGAACAGUUA